AAUAACUCAAGCACUGAACCCCAAGUCCCUACUGUAUGCUGCUCGCCAUUUCCGAAUAAAAUGGCCUUUUUCCCCCCCUCAAUGCGACUGCGCAUGCUCAGAAAGGGGGCGCGAGUCCAAGAUCCCAAAUGCUGUGCAGACCGAACCGCCCGCCACGUUGCGGAUGGGCUGACUUGCAGAGUUGGCUGCCCGUCUGAGCGCCUUCGGCUCUUCCUUGCAGUUCCAGCAAUCAAACGCCAGAUGGAGCGACUGGCUCCACGCCACCACACAGCGGCUCUCCUGCUUUUGCCCCUCACCCUGAAAAUGUAUGCCUGCUCCAAGAUCGUCUCCACUCGCUCCCUGGUCAGGAGCACCUCUCAGCUGCUGAGUCGACCACUGUCUGCGGUGGUGAACCCCCCAGAGACACGGACAAAUGAGAGCCUCAGCAGGCUGGCAGUCCCCCGUCCCCUGACGUCACUUGUUGCUAGCCGCAGCUUCCAGACCAGCACCAUUUCAAGGGAUAUCGACACAGCAGCCAAGUUCAUUGGAGCUGGGGCUGCCACCGUUGGGGUGGCUGGCUCGGGGGCUGGGAUUGGGACUGUGUUUGGCAGCCUCAUCAUUGGUUAUGCCAGGAACCCUUCUCUGAAGCAACAGCUGUUCUCCUACGCAAUUUUGGGCUUUGCCCUGUCUGAGGCCAUGGGGCUAUUUUGCCUGAUGGUGGCCUUUCUCAUCCUCUUCGCCAUGUGAAGCAGCCAUCUGCACGUUUCCCUCCUGUAGUUCUUUCUCCCAUGUCCUGUCUUCCCUGAAUGUUCCUUUUCCUGCCCCCCCCCAUCCCAGGAAGUCUGGGAAAAGUGGUUGGCUCAGGGUUUGACAGAUUGAAGACAAAUAAAUACUGUAUUAAUAAGA